AUGGACCUGGCCAGUGCCUUCAUGCAGUACGUGCAGCGCUGUCCCCAUGUCAUGCAAUCCAUUCAGGGCUUUGUCGGUGAGAAUUGCCAUCACUUUGCGGAUCUCGCGGUUUGUGAAGAACGCAGACUCGAGUACACCACGAUUCAUCAACAGUUCCUUGCACUGUUGGAGCAACAUGUAGAGGUCCAGCUGGGGGAGGCGUUUCUGCAAUUUCAGGGCGCUUCGGAGUCAGAGUUCCUGGAAGCUCUUCAAUCAGUGCAGGCUGGCACCGGAGGUUGCCAAAGAGGGAUGACAAAACGAACAAAGAUGGGAUGUAGCAGUAUAUAUAUAUACAUAUAA